AAAGUUAACACACAUUAGAAAAAAAAUGGAAUAUGUGCAUAGAAUUGUGGAUUUCAUUGAGUACCUUGAUAGUCUCUCAGAUAGUAGAACACGAGGAUGGUUUCUGGUGGAUUCCAUCUAUACAAUAUGCCUAAUUGCAUUUGCAUAUUUGUUGCUUGUACUACUGGGUCCAAAAAUUAUGGAGAAACGACGUCCCUUUCAACUAAAACUUCCCAUUUUAAUAUACAACAUCGCAAUAUCUCUCGUAAAUGCCCACAUUUGUUAUGAGCUCUACUUGAGGACAACUUUACUGAAUUUUACAUGGUUCUGUUCACCAAAAAUACAAAUUGCAAAUGAUCCCAACGUCUACAGAUUAGCUACCGCCAUUUGGUUGUACUACAUUACAAAGUACAUUGAAAUGCUGGAUUCUCUUUUCUUUGUGCUGCGAAAAAAGACAAAUCAGCUCUCCUUUUUGCACGUGUAUCAUCAUACAACUAUGGUUGGGUAUAGUUUGCUCAUCGUCAAAUGGUAUCCCAUUGGAAUCUCAUAUUCUCCACUUAUGUUCAAUUCGGGUGUUCACGUUGUUAUGUACCUCUACUAUGGAUUGUCUACACUUGGACCGAAUGUAGCGAAAUAUCUUUGGUGGAAAAAGUACUUAACGAUGAUUCAAAUGAUACAAUUCCUCAUUGGGAUGACUAUUCAAGUAGUUUCCUAUGCAACUGGAUGUGGAUUCAUCCCGGAAUGGCUCAUGGUAGUUAAUUUCAUGUUUAUCGGCAUAUUCUUUAUACUUUUUGGAAAAUUUUAUGUUGCAUCAUAUAAGAAAGGUCAAGAAGACAACAAAAAGGCAAAACUUAAAUAGGAAAACAGAUGAAAUGUUCAAAGGUAAUAUUUAAAUUAAUUUAUUGAUAAUUCCCUUGGAAGAAAAUCUUGUUAUGGUGUCUAAAAUACAUUGCCUAAAUGUGUAUGUAAAAGAAAAAAAUAUUGU